CAAAUCCUCCGUGCUGUUACACAGUACUGGUUAAUAUUGCUUCUAACGUUUAUUUCUCUCUUGGCGAUGUAUGCAUAACCAAAUAACUGUUAUCGGAGUUUAGUGUAUAUAGCACAUGGAAUUAGUACCGAUAGAAAGUAAAUAGUUAUUAAUUUGAUUUCAGGUCCUAAAUCUAAGGAGCCAGUCAGCGAGCAAGUGUUAUUCAUUUUUUUGCAGACAGUACGGGAAUUAUGCUAGCCGCUGAUUGAAAUCUGUGGAUAUAUUGUAAUAAUACGAUAACUCAAUGGAAUUAGUUCGUCAAUUUGUCCGGCUUACAGAAUGAAUGUCGUGGACUGGAGAGUUAUUUGGAUAAAGAGUUCUUUUAUUCUGUGCUGUUUCCUUCAAUAUGUAAAUUUAGUGUUUACAUCCGACGGACCUCUUCCAACAUUUACAAAUACCCCCACAAGUGUUGUAACACACAAAGGUUCUGUAGCCAUCCUACGAUGUGGUGUAGACAAUCUUGGAACAAAAACGGUUUCAUGGCGGAAGUUGCCGUACAACGUUCCAAUUACCGUCGGAAAGGACCAGUUCUUGAAAAUUGACAGAUUUAAACUAUUUCAAGUACCUUAUCAGGGAGAAUGGAAUCUCCAUAUCAAAAAUGCUCAACCAUUUGAUUCAGGGACCUAUGAAUGCCAUGUUAGCCUAAAAGGAGAAAAAAUAAGAAGAAAUAUUACACUAACAGUUUUAGAAACGACUACUGCUCCAGUAAUUCCAAGCAUACACUUGUCAGGGACACAAAUUGUGGAGAAAGGAAAUCCUAUACAAUUACUGUGUAAUGCCACAAGUGGGGAUGAUAAACUCCAGUCUAUUGACUGGUUUAAAGACGGUAUAAAACUGCAGACAAGCUAUGCAAACGAGAUAUUUAUUUCUCAGAAGGUCUCUAUAUCUGACCAUUCUAUAACAAGUACCUUGGACAUUGAUAAAGCUCGAAUGACCGAUAUGGGGAGAUACGUUUGUCGAGCAAGCAGGCAGCUAGCCACGAGAAUGAAAGUGGAUGUUUUAAAUGCAGAGACAUAUAAUGAAAAAAGAGAGACACACAGUGAAAUUAGGAGUAGACAGUCAGCUAGCAGUGUGAAUGAACUGAAACAUUCUGAACUGUGUGUGGUUUUAGCUUUACUCGUAACAGUGUUAUUGCAAGUUAUUCUGUCCUUUCGUGAUCGAACUUCAUGAUGUCUGAUUAUGUUGUUACAAAUAUAUCCGGUAUAAUAUUAAGAUGUUGUCUUAUAAAAAUGGUGUCGUCAUGCAAAUGUAUUAACUGGCGAUUACGUUUUGUAAAUUUUCGUCAGAGAAAUGUACAUGGUUCUCCGUACAUGGAUCUCCAUUCUGAGAUUGGAGGUAAGAUUUCCGAAGGUAUCAAAUGCUGAGGUAGAAGAAGCCAGUGUCGCAUCCACCGAAAAGUCUAAUUUCGUAUUUUGGAUCGUUACACUAUUCUAUAAUCGCAACAUGAUCUUACUGCAGUUCUGGUGGAUAUAAUCACUUACAGAGCUAGAAUAAUGCAGCGAACUUGAGAUAUUAUAAGUAAUAAAGAUAUUGACACUUGCCAGAACGAUUUAGCACAUAAUGAAUAGAAAAGAAAAUUAGUUUUAACACAUUUUAGACAAAACACGAUAAUCUCAUUUUUUGUGUUCGACGUGUGGGUACAGUGAAAAGUAAAUCCGAAUUUCAUCUAACUUACGAACUUCUUUAUUUGAUGACGCGGUAGUUUUAUGCAUGUUCAAAAUUGCAUCUUAAGAGGGUCGUUAAGAUAUAUGCGACAACUGAAGAUUUAUUUUAAGAUCACUAUAUAAGUGGUUUAUAGCAUCACUAUCUCAUAACCAACAUAAUUCAAAUGAGCAUAGGCUCGUAUUUUUUUAACUUUCUGAAACAAAUAUUUUAUGUUUGUAUAAUUGUAUUUUUGCAUUUUUAGCUCGACUAUUCAUAAAAUAGUAGAGCUAUUGGACUCGCCCAUGCGUCGGUGUCCGCGUCGGCGUCCGCGUCCCGAUUUGGUUAAGGUUUUGUAUGUAAGCUGGUAUCUCAGUAACCACUUGUGGGAAUGGAUUGAAACUUCACACACUUAUUCACAGUGAUAAACUGACUUGCACUGCACAGGUUCCAUAACUCUAUUUUGCAUUUUUACAAAAUUAUGCCCCUUUUUCGACAUAGAAAUUUUUGGUUAAGGUUUUGUAUGUAAGCUGGUAUUUCUGUACUUACUACUGGGAAUGGAUUGAAACUUCACAUACUUGUUCACUGACAUGAUCUGACAUGCACUAAGCAAGUCCCAUAACUCUACUCUUUUUUUCAAAAUUAUGCCCCUUUUUCGACUUAGCAGUUUUUGGUUAAAUUUUUGUAUGCAAUCUGAUAUCUCAGUAUCCACUAAUUGGAAUGGAUUGAAACUUCACACACUUGUUCACUGUCAUGAUCUAACAUGCACUGUGAAGGUCCCAUAACUCUACUUUGCAUUUUUACAAAAUUAUGCCCCUUUUUCGACUUAGCAGUUUUUGGUUAAGUUUUUGUAUGUAAGCUGGUAUCUCAGUAUCCACAAAUUGGAAAGGAUUGAAACUUCACACACUUGUUCACUGUCAUGACAUGACAUGCAGUACAGAGGUUCAAUACCUCUAUUUUUCAUUUUACAAAAUUAUGCCCCUUUUUCAACUUCUGUAUUCAUUCAAUUGACAAGGCUGUUGAAUAGUCGAGCGUUGCUGUCCUCCGACAGCUCUUGUUUGCUAGCUUGUCGCUUUUAUUUUAUGCCUCAAAAGGGUGACAUGCCCGACUGUCUGUCCGUCCCUUCGGUUUUCGGUUGAUUAUAACUGAGAAUCGUUUAGGCGCAGCAACCUUAAAUUUGGUAGUCUAGACAGGUUGGUCUGGACAGGCAGAUUACCCUUAUUGACUUUGAGGAAGGUUGCUUAAGGGUCAACAUCGUAGUGACCUUUAGCCGAAAAUUGGUUUUUGAUUGAUAACUGUAGUACGCUUUGGCCUUCUUAGGAUUAGACGACCUCUAAUAGUUUGAGGUCUGUAGGUCAAGGUUACGGUGACAUGGAGAUGAAAAUAAGUUUUCGACUGAUCACUAAAGAAUACUUUGGCAAACUCUAUAGGAUGAUUACCUGUGGUCAGUAGAAGACCUCUAAUAUUGUUCUGGGGUCAGUAGGUCAAAGGAUGAAUUUCUAACUUGAAACAGUUUCUGUCAAAUAACUAAAGAACGCACUGGCUUACAGUUGUCAAAGUUCAUGUAAUGCUUACCUGUGGCCAGUAGACAGAUUUUUUUUAUUUCGGAUGUUAGCAGGUCAAAGUCUAGGUCACAGUAAUUUCGAGACUGAAAAUGGUUUUCACGCAGUUACAUAAGAUACAUAUGCCUACUGCUUUCAAACGUCAUCAUAGGGGACAAUCGUGUCUUACAACCAGAUCUUGUUAUAAUAUUGCUAACAGAUUGUAUUAAAGAAAAUUCUCGGUAAAAUUCUACUUCGAUACAUACAGUCUAAUGUUGCUUCUUUUUCAUAAAUUGUAUAGAAUGCAUAUAUACAGCCACCAACGUAAACAUUCAUAGAAUGAUUUUAGCGAGAAUAUUGGUAUGUUAAACAGGUCGUAUCAGUUGUCGAAUUUCGUCAUUCUGGAUUUAUUCCUAGCAAAACAGUUCUUUUUUUUUUACAGUGAGAAUACAGCCACACACAUGCUUGAACAACCAUUGCAGAUUAUCAUAAAAUUUGAUGUAUGAAAUUAAGCUAAUACUCUGAUGCUCAAUUCUAAUAUGCUUGUUUCUGUUGAAACACGCUUAUGCUAAAAUGACGUUACGUUAACGUGCGGUGACGUCAAUGUUUUUGUUGCGACCAAGAAAGAGCGCUACGAUAUUCUAUCUAUUGUUUUAGAUUAAGGGCAUAUUAGAAUCGAAAUAAUGUAUAGUAAAAUCGUGUUUUACCUAAAUUAAUAUACUCAAAAUCGGUUCUACGUCGCCAUAAUAAUUCGCUAGGGCUACGCCCUCGUGAAAUUAUUCCACGGACGUAUAACCUCUUUCCGCGUAUUAAUAACGUUAAAACGCGGUUUUCUAUACAUUACUUCUUAAGUAGUAACGGUUAUAGAUAUACCUCAAUAAAGUGUGGGAGAUUUCAGCGUUUGUAACAUCUACUCAUUUCCUUAGAUAAAAAAUAUUAUCGUUACAUGUAUACCAGUUAUUAAGAAUAUGGUACUUAUAUAAAUUAAUGUUUUACGGGUACAUGUUAUUUUCUGGGUGUAAAUUUCAGGUUUUGUUAUGAUUUUUUUUUCAUUCUGCAAGCGGAUAUAUAUACGUGUAAAUAUAUUUGUUAAAAUAGAAAGAUUUAUCAUAAAUAUGAUCCUUUAAAUAGUUGCUAUAACAGUAGUGUUAUCUUUCCUUGCGUAGAAAUUUUAAUAUUCAUUCCACAUGCGACCUGCGUUAGCGUACGUGCACGUUGCAUCAACGUGUCACAUGGUGACUGACAUUUCUCACUAGAGUUCUUCGAACUUUCUUUGGCUCAAAAAAUGACAAAGUCAGUUUAGAUUCCUUUUUUGGAGAUAUGAAUUCGUUAUCUGACCCUUGAGGUUAAAUAAGUCAGCAAGUAUUAAUUUUUAGGAAACAGAAACUAUACACCUUAUUGUGGAUGUAAAUGUACAUCAGUUAUGUGCAUGACUGACCUUUCUUUGAACUGCUGCAUAAUGGCGUCCUAUCAUUUUCUGAUACGAUUUCGGCAUGCUUCGGCCAUAACAAAGUUUUUUUUUAAGGAACAAUAGUGCUAAAUAGGUAUUCAAGCAGCAUUUCCGGAUAACGGCGGAAAGAAAAAAUCCUAAAUUUUUCCAAGUUAAAGUGGCAUUUUCAUGUUUUAUGUAAAUCAGUUCCUGUUUUUAUUUCAUGGUGGUGUCCUAUACUUGACACUUCGGUAGCAUUUUAAAGAAUAUGUUUUGCAUUUAAAGAAAUGUUACACCUUACUACUCGUAUGUUCAUACCCGCAUUUUAGCUGUCAAUUUGGAAGAUAUUCCUUAGUGUUGACCUGUCAAACCAAAUAUCUCUCUUAGAAAAUACAUGACCACUACUUUUCUGGGUGUUUUCGUUGUGGUUUAUAAGUCAUUUAAGAACGUAAGCCAUUAACUCUAGUAAUUUCUUUUUAAAAUGGGCCUGGCUAUGUGUUACAACUCUCAGUAGAUUGUUAAUUUUUAUAUAGAACAUAUAGCAAAUAUAUUUACUUCUGUACAGCCAUAAAAACCGAAGAAUGCCGAAAUCGCAUACGGAGAAAUACGUAAACGAACGAAAAAUGCCGACUGUCAUUACGAGCUACAUUAAAGACAAUAUUGAUUUAUGAAAAUAAACUUUGAUUUAAUAUUGCUUUUCUUAUAAGAACGUAAUGUUUUCAAAUUACUUAAAUGAAGAUAGAUGUAUUAAUUUAUAAAAAAGAUCUUGUUUUUCUAACUUUUUAACAUCUUGAGUCAGAUUAAUUGGCUAUAUAAUAUGAUGUCGUUUUGAACAAACUUCAUGAAUUUCACCACAGGGAACAAAGUAUUUCACAAAGGUAAUGCUUGAAUAAAUGAACACCAAACUAAGUAAAUAAAAUUUUUUUUACGUUUUAUGACAAUAUCUAUUUCAAUUAUUUAAAAUGUUUUUCUGAUAUUAAAUAUCUGAAAAAUAUGCUGCAACAGUAAGUAAAUUGAAAUGUUGAUUAAUCGUUGAUGUAAUGAAUUACUUGGUCUUUUUCAAAACUAUGUUUUAAGUUAUACAAUGCUAGGAUACAUAAAUUGAAAAAAAUACUCAACUUAUUUUUUCGUCUCCGAUAUAUUAAGAAAUAGACAACUACUUGUUGAAUGCAUACCGUGAAUUCUUCUAGGAACUUUGUUUACCGUAUUUUAAUAAUAUUUAUAUUUCAGUUAGUGUGUCCGUAAUGACAAUCGGCAAUUUGCGUGCGAUUACAUAUCCUCCGUAUGCGAGUUCGGUAUUUUCCGGUCGUUUACGGAAAAUGAUUUUCUGUUAUGGCGGAGAAUGCCGAAAUCGCGUACGGGAGAUACGUAAUUGUACGGCAAUUGCCGACUUCAAUUACGGAUCCAUUACCUUAAUUAAGUUAAUGCAUCUGAUCAGUAAUAUUGCUUGUAAAUCAUCUUUGCACAUGUUAUAUCACGUUAUACUGUCACAAUCAGUGUUAGGCAAAUAUGUCCUCGAGUUGAUGGGGAUUUUUUAACCAAUGUAAUAAUUGUUGAAUAUAAAUACACGGGAGUAGCUCUGCUGAGAUUCUGGUGUUUGAAAAAUCUACUCCUUAUUCAUCUGAUAUACAUUAUGUCCAAGUGGGCAUGAUGUAACACAUGUCCAUUUUUAUGCAUACUUUUGUUAAUUAAAUCGUUUCUUUCAUUUUCAUAUGUAUAUGUUGGUCAUCAUGCAUUUAUCAUUAUUGUUCAUGGAUACAAUCUUACAUUGGUCUUGUUAUUACUUUUAUUUUGUGUAUAUAUUUUGAUUCAUAUAAUAUAAAACAAACAGUCCUAACAAUAAACUUUAAAAGAAGUUA